UUUUAUUAAACGAUUCUCUCUGUAUUAAAAGAAGAAACAAAUUUUUACUCAACGCGUUCUAUUUUGUAUUUUGUGUAACGGCCAACAAAUGAGUAGUAACAGCAGUGCAAGUGAAACUGAAACAACACCGCUACGUCGGCCGGAUUAUCAGCAAAACGUCGAUGUUGUUCAUAUAAAACCGAUAAAUAGUUUUAUAGCAACUACGGCAACAUCACUAACUAACACAAAUAAUCAAAAUGAUUUAAUUAAUUUAGCCACAACAACAGUCGUUAUUACCAAUAAUCAUAAUAAUCAUAAUAAUAAUAAUAAUAGUAAUAAUAAUAGUGUUGAAGUGCGUUUAAAUAAUAAUAAUAAUAAUAAUAAUAAUAGCAAUCAUCAUCACCAUCAUCAACAGCAGCAGCAACAAUAUUUGCAUAAUAAUAGCAUAAUUAGUAAAAACAGUGCAAAUAGAAGAAGCAACGACAACAACACCGGAAACUUUAGUGAACAGUUUCUAACAAUGGAAACCAAUAAACGUAUUUUAUAUCGCGUUGGAUUAGAUGCUAUUAUACUAAUGUGUGUCGGUUUGCCAAUAUUGCUAUUCUUUAUAUGGGGCGAUCCGUAUAAACGCGGUUUCUUUUGUGACGAUGAGUCUCUGAUGCAUCCCUUUAAAGAUUCAACCAUAAAAAGUUGGAUGCUUUAUGUAAUCGGUUUGUUGAUACCAAUUGGUGUGAUGUUAUUAGUUGAAAUAUUACAAUCUCGACACAAUGAAAGGAUAUCGAAUGGAAAUUCUACCUCAAGACGUUACGUGUUCAUGGAUUAUGAAAUUCCCGAUUGGAUGUUAGAGGCUUAUAAAAAAAUCGGUAUCUUUGGUUUCGGUGUACUUGUAACGCAGCUAACAACGGAUAUUGCAAAAUAUUCUAUAGGACGAUUACGGCCGCAUUUCUUCGCGGUUUGUCAACCGAUAAUGCCUGAUGGAACUACGUGUGCCAGCUUUUUAAAUCAACAUAAAUAUAUUAUGGAUUUUCAUUGUAAGGGUUUAGGUUCUACGGAGCGUAUGCUGAAAGAGGCUCGUUUGUCGUUUCCUAGCGGUCAUUCAAGUUUCAGUUUCUUUACCAUGGUUUAUCUGGCGAUGUAUUUACAAUCGCGCAUGACUUGGCAAGGUUCGAAAUUGUUACGACAUUUCUUGCAAUUUUGUUUUAUUAUGGUUGCCUGGUAUACUGCAUUAAGUCGUGUAUCGGACUAUAAACAUCAUUGGUCGGAUGUGUUAGCUGGCACUGUUAUAGGAUCGCUGCUAGCGAUAGUGGUGGCGAACUAUGUAUCAGAUUUAUUUUCGAAUAAGAAAAAUUGUAAAACAUAUGUGCUGCCGCAGACAGCACAGGAUGUAACACAAACAACGUAAAUGGUAACACCCGGCAACUAAUAAUGAUGAUGAUGAUGAUGAUGAUGAAUAGUGUGGACAAACUUGAGACUUGAGACAUUCGAGCAAAGAGUACACAGAAAAGUAUUUGAAUUUUGAUUAUAAGUUAAAAUAAAUUUUUAUAAAAAUAAUAAAAAAAAAAAAGAGGAAAAUAAAAAUUAGGAAAAUAACUAGCAAAAGAAAUGAAUAAUUACACUCGCCUGCCCCCCAAAAGGACUUUUUUUUUUAAAUUUAAGCAAUGACAAGCAAAGCUUUCAAUAUAUAAUCAUAAAAAAAAAGAAAAAUAUUAAUUUUAAAAUUUAUUGUAAUUUAUUUACAUUAAAAACAAAAUAAGAAAAGGAAAACCGUUCAACUUCAAGACUAGUACUAAAAUAUAUUUAUAGAUUCGUACUCUUUGUACAACACCAACCAA